GGUAUUUCGUACUACUUUAUUUAGUAAAAUUAUUAUUAAAUUGUAUGUUUUGUGUUGUCUGUCUUGUAGACUUUAAAAGAUGGAAUUAGAAGUGGCGGCUGUGAAGCAGGACGCUGGCUUGUGCCGGUGCUGUCAUUCCGAGGGUUGCUUCAAAGACUUAAACGAGGAGUAUGUUUGGAUGGAUGAAACUGUAAACUACGGCGGAAUGUUACAAGAAUGUUUCAAUAUUAAGAUAUUACAAUACCCUUACAGCAAUGGCAUCAACGGAGCCUCCAGGCUCAUCUGCGAGGACUGUGCGGCGCGGCUGCGGGAGGCCUGCACGUUCCGGAAGCAAGUGCUUGGCAAUGAGAAGAAAUUAGCCGAGAUGCUUGACCACAUGGAGGCGGAAGCAGAUUCCAAAGACCAGGCGUUCACCAUCGAGGUGAAGACGGAGCCUGAAAACAUUGAUAUUGAGGAGCACGGGGUCACAACUCAGUCUUAUACCGGACCAGCAGAGUGCUAUGUGAAAGUUACUAGAAAGGCGUUGUUUGAUAAAAUGCAGAAGCAAGAGCUGUCUACUUUCGAUAAAAAAUUGGAAUAUCUCAAAAAAUACCUAUUGUCAUUUGAUGAUUAUUCAGUCGAACAAUCCAAGGCUGUUCUAAGAAGGUUCUGGUCACUUAAGGCUUACUUUAAGAAAAGGUGGAAUAAGGCCAAUAGAUCCCAGAAAUUAUUUUAUACAAAAAAUAGUGAAUGGCUCAAAGGCACGUUUGCGAUACCGAUAACCGUAAAUUAUGGUCGAGAAGGAACAUCUACUGACUUACAUGUGAAAAGUGAAGAUAGAAACGCAGGAGCCGCAGUUGACAAGUUAAUACAUAGGUCCGGUAUCUCAAAGAGUGAGCGUAUAUCUUUAUCUCAAAGGUAUUUAGAAAUUCGAAGGACAAUAUAGAAGCACACGUAUAGCCCGCGAGCUAGGAAGAGAUGAGCCAUGACCAAUAGCAUGCCGGUUGAUUACUCGGGAAGGGCGAUGUGGUAUGAACCCUCGUGGUCGUCAGCUGUCGCUCCGUUGGUGGGUGGAGGGCCUGCCGGCCUAUGUAAAAUAAAUAAACAUUUAGCCGUCGGAUCCCGGUUGAAACUGACAGAUAAUAGUUUAGAUGCCAUUGUGAGUAAAAAAAUUGUCAACCGGGUGUGUCGCGGUAGAGCUGGUCACAUGAACAUGUCAAAAAAAUGUCAUCGCUCCCCAAUCGAAACUUUGCCUUAUGAUUUAGGCCAAGCAAUAAGAAGGUAUAGAGGGAAAAGCUAAGAACACAAUUUUCGACUCCGUAACUUUGUUUGGACUAGUUAGGAGGUGAACAUAUCAAAAGUCCUCGGCCGUAGCUCCGGUGCUGGGGGGUAGAGGGGGGAAAGAAUGUCUAAUUUUUCCCUCUACAACGUUUUUUGAGCAUUCAUUUCCUGACCUAAUUGUGUAUAUUCUAUUGUAAAUAAAUUAUUUCGUUAGCCGGCUGUAUCGCGGUGAUGAUUGUGAUGAAACAGGGAUCUGGUGGCAUUUAACGCCAGUGACCGAUAUGUCCGCACCGCAGGUUCAACGCCAAAGACCGAUUAAUCGGUCACGGACCACAGGGCAACAUAGACCUACGUGUAUAUGCAUAAAGUUCAAUUUCAGUUUUGACACCUCGGUGACGUGGCGUCAGCGUGACAGCUUUUGUGUUUGACACUGCGUCGAAAAGGUUAAAUAAGUAAUAGAUACUCCCGUCUGGCUUCCGUGACAUAAUUUCAUAGCAGAACCUACCUGACGCUCUCUCAUAUAUAUAUUAUACUACUCUUUGCGCUCUUUUCACCGCAAUUCAGCCGGGUGACGAUUUUAUGAAAAUUUAUUUUCAAAUUAUUAUUUUUUCUAAAUGAAUAAAUGAAUUUAAAUUACAA